AUGGCGUACGUAUCAUCAAAAACGAAUCCACGAUAUGAUCGAGCAUCUACUUAUACCCAAGAGUGGAAACUGCUCGAUUUCGGACGAGUGCUCGUCGUCCUCGAACGAGUCGACCCCAUAGGCCCCAUGCCCAUCCCCAAAGGCCUUGAUAUGAUCCUUGAGAGACCUCUUGUGCUUGAAAUCCGAGCCACACGCACAAUACCACAGCUUCCCGCAGUUCUUCUCGUGGGUCCGCCAGUCACCGCGCACGGCAAAGGCUUUUCCGCAUUUGCGGCAGACAAAGGGCUUGAUGCCGUGCUUCCUUUUGUAGUGGGUUUGAAGGGUGCGGAAGUCUUUAAGGGGCUUGGCACGUGGGUGGUCAAUGUUGUUGCGGCAGCCUGGGGUGCAACAGUAGCACGGGAGCCUGAGCAUGGCAGUUGGCUGCGUGCCUCGAAGGGAUUCGGGGCCUUUACGGAAAACUGGGUUGGGCCUAUUAGAAUCUGGGCCGGGCUUGGGAUCCAAUACUGGCCCUUAUUAAUCGGGCCCACGACUGCUGCGGCCACACUAACGCCGGAUGCCUCUUCCUCGUCCUUGCCGGACUCCGUAAAAUCGGCACAAGCAGAAGUCGUUGGAAGCCCUAAAUUCAGAUUGACGCCCAAUAAAGACUGA